UCCAACGUGGGACUACGGAGCGAUCGCCCACAAAAAAGGGAAAAGUAACUCGGCAAAGGAGAAAACUCAUGGUGGUCAAAGCACGCUCGAAAGGAGGAGGGGGAUGCAGUUUUGUUAUUUAUCGGAUCCUCUAGAUUUUGUGAGCGCAGACUGCACCUGACGAGCUGCUGGUGGAGUUUCUUUGGAUGGUACCGAGUCCGUGUUUCAAAGUUGGAUUUAUGCGGUUCAGAUUUGGAGGAGAGCUCACGGAGCAGCGCUCGACUUGAGAGCUUUAACCACUGUUUCUAACUUAAUUACUGAAUAUCUUUUUUUAUUUUUUGGUGGCGAACCGUUCCAACUCCGCUAGAAGUUUGUGCUAUAGGCAGAUUUAAAGACGAAGAGCAGCUGGAGUCGGGCGCAGAGUGUCCUUUAACAUUUGGCACCUUGGUGUUUUCAAACGUAGUUGCGAAGCCAACUCUUUUACCCUUUUCGGACACUUUUUCCUACUUUAUUUGAGUUAAAUGUUUCCGACAGUCCACCUUAGUUUAUUUUGUGAAUGUUCUUAAAUUUUACUCCUGCGUCGGACUCCGGGGGAGAAAGUUGGGAGUAAAGAUUUGUUUCAGAGAUGAAUUCCGCUGAGAGGGACACACAAGUUUUUUCUGCUAUCGUUUGUGCCACUAAAAGAUAGUUAAUGAGCUACAAAGGGUUUUUACUUUUCCCUAAGCGAGACUGAUACAUUUCCCAGUCUGUGGGCACCGGGAGAGCUCCGCGGCCGCGCUGCUAUACUGGAUACAAAAUGGCGGCGUCCCUGGGACGGCUUGGAUGUGUUUCUCACUGUGUUUUUUAUUUAAUGUUGUCGCUGGAGCUCUUAAACUGUUUUGGACUGAGUUCGGACGCACCUUGCCCUCAGAACUGUACCUGCAGCGGGGAAUCGGUGGACUGCAGUGGCCUGGAGCUGAUAGUCCCGCCUGUGGACCUUCCAGUUUGGACCGUUUCCUUAAAUCUUGGACACAAUAAGCUGGCCUCCCUCAGCGCCGAAGCCUUUGCCAAUCUUCCUAACUUACGUGAACUGCGCUUGGAUCACAAUGAGCUGACGUCCAUACCAGAUUUAGGACGGGCCGCUUCCAACGUUGUAUCCCUCUACCUACAUCAUAACAAGAUCCGCACUAUCAAUGGCAGCCGAACCACAGAGCUGGUUUCCGUGGAAACGUUGGACCUGAGCAAUAACGACAUUACCGACCUGCGGGGGGACGGCUUUCCCUCCGGACUUCAAAUCAGAGACCUAUACCUGAGCAACAACAAGAUCAGCACGCUGCAACUCGGAGCGCUGGAUCACCUGGGUUCAACGCUGCAGGUCCUGAGACUGAGCCGAAACCGCAUCAGCCAGAUCCCGAUCCGAGCCUUCCAGCUCCCGAGACUCACCCAGCUGGAGCUGAACAGGAACCGGAUCCUUCAGAUCGAGGGUCUGACCUUCCAGGGUCUGUCCAGUCUGGAGGUGCUGAAACUGCAGAGGAACACCAUCGGCAAACUGACUGACGGCGCCUUCUGGAACCUGUCCAAAAUGAAAGUCCUGCACCUGGAGUACAACAACCUGACGGAGGUGAACAGCGGCUCCCUGUACGGCCUGAGCUCCCUCACGCAGCUCUUCCUCAGCAACAACUCCAUAGCCCGCAUCAACCCUGACGGAUGGAAGUUCUGCCAGAGGCUGAGGGAACUGAAUCUGUCGUACAACAACUUGACCCGUCUGGACGAGGGGAGUCUGGCCGUGCUGGGGGAUCUACACACACUGCGGCUGGGCCGCAACUCCAUCAGCCACAUCAAUGAGGGAGCCUUCAGGGGCCUCAAGGCUCUACGAGUCCUGGAGUUGGACCAUAACGACAUCUCUGGCACAAUAGAGGACACCAAUGGGGCUUUCGCUGGAUUGGACAAGCUCAACAAGCUGACUCUGUUUGGAAACAAGAUCAAAUCGGUGGCCAAGAAAGCCUUCGCCGGCCUGGAGACCUUGGAACACCUGAACUUGGGUGACAACGCCAUCCGUUCUAUCCAGCCUGAUGCGUUCAGCAGGAUGAGGAACCUCAAAAGCCUUCUCAUCCAGAGCAACAGUUUCCUCUGUGACUGCCAGCUCCAGUGGUUGCCCUUCUGGCUGCACAUCCAUGGCCUGCAGGUGGGUGUAAACGCCACCUGUGCCCACCCAGUGAGCCUGCAGGGAACCAGCAUAUUCGAAGCGCCACAGAACAGCUUUGUGUGUGACGACCUUCCCAAGCCUCAGAUCACAGUCCAGCCGGAGAACACGGUGACGGUGCUCGGCAGCGACGUGCGUCUCACCUGCACGGCAGCGAGCAGCAGCUCCUCCCCCAUAACGUUUGCCUGGCGCAAAGACCAGGAGCUGCUCCGCCACGGCGAGAUGGAGAACUUCGCGCAUGUGCGCACUCAGGGCGACACGGCCGACACGCCGGCCAUCGCAGGAGGCGUGAUGGAGUACACCACCAUCCUGCACCUGCGGCGUGCCACCUUUGCCGACGAGGGCCGCUACCAGUGCAUCAUCACCAACCACUUUGGCUCCACCUACUCCAGCAAGGCUCAAGUUGUCGUCAACGUCCUGCCGUCUUUCCUGAAGACUCCCCGGGACAGCACCAUCCGCACGGGCCACACCGCCAGGCUGGAGUGCGCCGCCGAGGGCCACCCGGCGCCCCAGAUCGCCUGGCAGAAAGACGGCGGCACGGACUUCCCCGCCGCCCGGGAGCGCCGGAUGCACGUCAUGCCCGACGACGACGUGUUCUUCAUCACGGACGUGAAACCCGAGGACAUGGGCGUGUACAGCUGCACGGCCAAGAACACGGCGGGCACCGUGUCGGCCAACGCCACCCUCAUCGUCCUGGAGACUCCCUACUUGGCCCAGGAAAUGGAGGACCGCAGCGUGGCGGUGGGCGACACGGUGGCGCUGCAGUGCAAGGCCCUCGGCAGUCCUCCCCCGCGCAUCACCUGGCUGCGCGACGACCAGCCACUGCGACCCUCCGACCGGCACUACUUCACCCCGGGCAACCAGCUGCUGGUCAUAGGCGCCGCCUCGCCGGAGGACGCUGGACGCUACACCUGCCUCAUGUCCAACACGCUGGGCACAGAGCGCGCCCACAGCCAGCUGGCGGUGACGCAGCACAGGGGCGUGUGCGCCCAGCAGGCGGGCGGAAAUGCCAUCAUCGGCAUCAUCGUCAUCGCCGUGGUGACGAGCAUCGUGGUCACGUCGCUGGUGUGGGUCUGCAUCAUCUAUCAGACGAGGAAGAAGAGCGAGGAGUGCAGCGUGACCAACACGGACGAGACGAUCGUCCCUCCGGACGUCCCCAGCUACCUGUCGUCUCAGGGCACGCUGUCCGAGCGCCAGGACAUGUGCAUCCGCGUGGAAGCCGGAGGCGGACCGCAGCCCAACGGGCACGUCGUGGACGCCUCAGGUUUCGACGGAGCGGUGGUGUGCACAGACUGCAUGGAGACCGGCAACAGCUACUCCAAUGACGCCGACUACCUGACCCACGGAUACGGCCUCGCUCGGGGCGCCGAGUACCGGCAGCAGCAGCAGCAGCUGGGGCCCCCGCGCUACUCUCAGUGUAACCCGGGGGAACCGAGGGACACGGGGUCGCACGCAUCCGCUCCGCUCUGCAACGGCACUCCCCGCGGAAACCGAAAGGACACGCAAGAAUCCGCUGUGCCCAAAAAUCACGACACGAUAGAGAGGAGUCACGACGAGCGAAAAGCGGGCAGAGCGGGACACACGUCGGCGGGCCCGCCGUCGCAGGACGACUCCUUCCACGAGCCGGUGAAGCUGCCCGGCGGGACGAGCCGCCCGCGCACGGACACCGACUGCGAGCCUGAGCUCAGGCAGACUCUGCUGCCUAACGGACACGCCCUCAGAGCCGCUCAGAAUGAGAGCGCCCCCCUGAGGAGAGCCAGCGACUAGCAGACACUGAAUCAAGCCCCAAAAUGUGGACUUUUUAAAUAAAAAAAAAGGAAAAAAAAAAAAAUCUUUCUUUGCACUGGGAAAUAAACUGCUACCUCACAUCGAGGGGAACGAUCCCGAGCCUCCCGGAUCCGAGGACCGACACGGCGAUUCCGGGGAGGACCAAUAGGGAGAGAGUCCGGAGUUUGAAGAUGGAGCUUGUGCGGGUGGCGUCCCGCCCGAGCGUAACGGCUGUACAUAGUUUAAAACCUUCAUUUGGGAGGUGACCGGUUUAAAGAAAGAACUCUAGCGCCAAAACAAAAAACAAAACAAAAAAAAAGAAAAUGUGACUUGCAUUUGAAGCAUGCAAACAUAGGGAAUCUUGUACAGUGUAAUUAUGUGCAGUAGGGGGGGGAAAAGAGAAAUAUACAGUGGGACUUUUGACUGUACAUAAGAGUUUUCUUAUAUAUUAUAUAACUUUUUCAAAAGAGUGUUUGAAUAUAUGUGCAUGGCAAAGAAAGAAGUGAUAUUUUUAUUGUUAGGGGGGAAAAAGAAAACAACCUUUUUCAGCUUCUACCAACGUCCAGCUGCAGUGCCUUAUUGCAUGAUCAAAGAUUCAACCUGUGAUUUUUAUUUUUUAUUUAAAUUUUUUUUUUUUUUUUUUUUUUUUAGAAAAAAACAGGUACACCUUUUAUUGCAAACAAAACACUUGGUUGCACUUGACGGUACGUCUUUAGUUUUUUGGAGAGGAAAGUGCCACCAGCUAUGGCCUUACAGAAACACAACUCAUGUACGUUGUUGCGGUAUGAAGGAAGAGCUUUGAUGCGAAACCGUUUCGGUACAUUUGCGGGGCAGUCAGUCGGCUCAAGCACUUUUUAAACUCUUCAUAAACAGGUUGUCUGUCAACAGGAGUACGGGGAACCUGCUCCGGGUGGAGCACGUUUUUCAGAGUCACCAGAACAUGUGGCGUCAAUGUUUUUCCACCCGUUUGAUAUCGUUAUGCUACAGAUGACCACAAAGCUGCUCUGAACCUCCUAGGAUUAAUGUGUCUCUUAGGAUGGUUGAACUUAGUGACAUUGUGACAAAUGUAAUGAACCUUUGCUAUCACCCGGAAGCCGCAAAAGCCAAAUAUGACCCCGAAUAUAAAUGGAGAUGCACCGAUCAGAGGCCACUAUCAAACAAAUUCUGGCGCCCUCUUCAGGGUUUCUGCAUGUUUCACCAACUCAAAUGUAAGAGUUUUUAAGGCCAUCGUGAAUAGAAUUUAAGGCCCAUCUAUCCACAGAAACGUGCCAACUUCAUCCAACAGAGUGGUGAUAUAUCUACUCUAACCUGUGAUGCGUGCAAAAUA